AUGUCUUCACUMUUGAGCCAACARGAYAYAUUUUGGAAYUUGAAAAAUUUCACACAAUCGGGAYAUGUAUAUUUGGAAUCAACUUUCUUCGACUUGUUGCCUUUCAGCACUGGUUCUUUGCCCACUGGAUGUUACGCACCUGAAGGGUGGUUCAAACCCUUAACUGUCAUACUUUGGUACACUUCUGGUUUUUUCUGUAUUAUUUUUAUGGGGACAGAUUGUCUUUACUGCUCCCUUGGGACAUCACUCWMUAUACAAUUCAAACUUUUGGGUCARAAAUUCAAAAACAUUUCGGUUUUGAGUGAAGACGAGUUAUGGAACGAAUUGAAGACUUUGGUGGAUUAUCACAAUUUUUUAUUAGAUUAUUGUAAGACACUGAAUACUGCUUUUAAGAACGUGUUUUUGCUCCAAUUUUUCAUGUCGAUCGCUUCAGCUUCGGUUUCUGUUUUUAUUUUCAUGCAACCUGGGGACUGGACCAACAGAAUAAAAUUUCUCUUAUAUUUUGUCGCUGUUUUAGCUGAAAGUUCAUAUUAUUGUAUUCCUUCAGAGAUUAUUAAAAACUCGGCGAGCGAAUUAAUUAAUUCUUUGUAUGAGUCAAAAUGGUACAAUUGUGAAGUUUCACAAUUUAAAAAGUGUCUAAUUCUGGUUAUUGCCCGAGCCCAAAUUACUCUCAAUUUCAGUGGAUACGGUUUGAUUUAUAUUAAUUUACAAACUUUCAUUGUUAUCUGUAAAACGGUGUUCACAUUUUACACUUACUUYAAUUCAGCGAAAAAAAUUUCAAUGGACUGA